UGGCUCCAGUGAAUGCAGCUCAGCUGUGUAUUUCCGCUUCCUGUAAUGUCAGCUGACUGGAGCGGGUGACUGUUGACGGUCUGGGGGAAGUGAAGAACUCUGAUAAAACAGCUUUAAAGUUUAUAAAAGAGAAGCUAAAGUUUAUUUUAAUCACAGAGUGAACGAGUCUCCUCAGCUGCAGCCGAACACACCGGGAGAAAUGGCCGCUGCUUCGUGUUGUGGACCCAAACUGGCGGCGUGUGGACUGGUUCUGAGUAUCUGGGCUGUUAUAAUGCUGGCAUUAUUGGGGAUUUUCUUCACCACCCAUUCAGCUGUGCUGUUUGAGGAUGUGCCUAUCCCAGAAGAGAGCAUACACAAUGAGCAAAACCCACUACAAGAUAUUUAUGAAAUUUACAACAAAGUUGGAUACAACUGCUUCAUCGCUGCAGGAAUUUAUGUGGUGGUUGGAAUCGUGUCUUUCUACAAUGUCCGAAUGAACAAACGCAAUGAGUAUCUUGUGCAUUAGCACCAACAAUUGCUUUAAUUACAACCUAGGUCUAGGAGAGUUCAACAGUAACACACACUGUAAUAAUGUUGUUGAAAUGUGAAGAUGUAAAAUCCUGUAUUGUAAGAAAACUUGCCAACUCUUCAGUACUUUGCAGUUCUUUGCAUAAAUACACUGCAAAUAUAGCCAAUUUAUUUAUUGCCAAAAAAACUUUGAGCCACAUCAACCGUGAUUGUCAGAUGUGGCACUGCUGCGAUAAAAUACACCUAUUAACAAUUGUGACUCAUAUAAUUCCUCCAGAAUCGCACUUUUCACACCAAUUCACUUUGAAUGACUUUUACAGCCUGAUAAUUUAUUUAUGUUGAAAUUAUGCAAAACUCAAUGCAUUUCCUGAUGUGAUGUUCCUGAAAUUCCUUUAUUCUGUAUUCUACACUUUGCUCUGUUUGAUCACUCACCAAAUAAUAUCACUGAAGGAUGAUUUAAGGUGCAAUCAGACCGAAAGUGUUCACCCGUCUGUGCCUUUCUCUCUUUAAAAGUCUUCUCAGGACUGUGUAUUUUACAAAAAAACAAGAGCCUUAUCAUAUUUUUGCUGCAUUUGGUGUAUAAAGCAAUGUGCCUUACUGCAAUUUGCUCUCAUAUUUCUGUACUUGACCUUGGACCAAUUGCCUUAAAAAUGUGUAAUGUCAAAUUUUCAAUGUGCCAUUAUGAGCUGAUUGUUGUAGGUUGAAUGAUGACAGUAUUGGCUUUCCUGUAAACUGGGUGAAAAAAAACACAUGACAUAAUUAUCGUAUUUUCUUUUUAUUUCAUUAACAAUUAAAUACAGACAUGUAGAAACAAACUUCCAUGUGAUUUUAAUUCCACACAUAUAAAAUUUUUACAGUAUGUGUCUUGGUGUUUAUACACCACAUGGACAAAGAUAUUGUGAAGUCUACUCAUUCAAAAUCAAGAUAAUUAAAAGAUCAUGGGAAAUUAAAGGUUUCUGGAGUUCCUGUGUUUAUUGUCAAAGGAAGAGAGACAUAUUUUAUUGGCAGUGCGUCUCUACAGGGAGUUGAUUGAUGCUACUGAAUGUGUAUGAAUGUAUUCAUUAGUUAGGAUGUUCAGAAUUAUUUGGACAUACAAUGUGUUGCAAGAUAUUACAGUAAUACAGAUUAUUUAAAAAAAAAAACACAUUUCUGCUCACAACUCCCAGCAUCUGUAAUAAAAUACAUUUUACACCAUU